AGACAGAUUCGGCUUAGUUAGUGAGAUCUCACCAGCAGCACAACAGCAAAGAAAUAAAGAUGGACUCCUCCCAGAGGCAGUUAUUGCUCCCGAUCCUCGGGCUUCUGGUCUUGACCGGAACAGCUCUCAGUGGAGUCCAGGAGAUGCACAAUGUGCUCGAGCUGACAGGUCAGGCGGUCAAUAAGCUGAGGUUCUCCACGGAUGUGGCCAUCGGCAAGUACACCCCGCCGGAGGAGAUGGAUCCGCAAUUCUGGUACAAUAUCGCUGACGAGGAAAUUGCCAAGCGACUACUUCUACCCCAGCCCAAUGCCCAGAAGGCCAAGAACGUCAUUAUGUUCCUGGGCGAUGGAAUGCCCCUAGCCACCAUCACAGCUGCUCGUAUCCUGAAAGGACAACGCCAGGGAAAAACUGGAGAGGAAUCCUCGCUGAGCUUCGAGCAAUUUCCCUAUACGGGUUUGAGCAGGACCUAUUGCACCAAUUCACAGGUACCGGACUCCGCCUGCACCGCCACCGCCUACUUGUGCGGCGUAAAGACCAAUGUCGUCAACAUUGGAGUAAGUGCGGCUGUAGAGUUCAAUAACUGCACCGCCAGCCAGGAUCCGGCCAACCGCCUGACCUCCAUUGCGGAAUGGUCACAGAAGGAGGGCAAGUCCACAGGAUUUGUGACCACAACCACACUGACCCACGCCAGUCCCUCGGGAGCCUAUGCCAAGACGGCCAAUCGAAAGUGGGAGUGCGACACGGACGUAACUAAAAAUGGUGCGGAUGCCAGCACCUGCAUCGACAUGGCCACCCAACUGGUGACCCAGACGCCUGGAAAGAACUUCGAAGUCAUGUUUGGCGGGGGCAUGGGCAAGUUCCUGCCCAACACCAUCGAAGAUAGUCAUGGAAAAGCUGGAGAGCGAUCCGAUGGUGUCAAUCUCCUGUCCCGUUGGCAGGGACUCCACGAUGGCAGUGUCCUGGUCACCAAUCGCAAGCAGCUGCUCAGCGUAAACGUGUCCGCGGUGUCCAGCAUCGUUGGUCUCUUCCAGUCAAAGGUGAUGGACUUCCACAUGGAUGCAGAUGCCACCUACCAGCCCACCCUCUCCGAACUCACCGAGGUGGCCAUCAAGAAGCUGAGCCACAACGACAAAGGAUACUUCUUGUUUAUUGAAGGUGGUCUAAUUGACUAUGCCAACCACUUCACUAAAGCUGGAUACGCCUUGGAUGAGACUCUGGAGUUCGAAAAGGCCGUUCAGUUGGCUCGUGACAUCACCAACAUUGAGGACACGCUUAUUGUGGUGACUGCAGAUCACGGCCACGCCGUUAGCAUUGCCGGAUAUCCUGGCAGGGGCACUCCCAUCCUGGGCAUCAAUCAGCACGACGCUGAUCUGAAUGGCGUGAAGUACUCGGUGCUCAACUAUGCGGCAGGACCUAACCAGUAUCUGGAUGAGAACGGCCAGCGCAUUCCCUUGGACGAUAUCCUCGGCUCCUAUGACGCCAUCACGCCCAGCUAUAUCGCCAAGGACGCAGGCGUGCACUCUGGCGAGGAUGUGGGCGUCUUCGCCUCCGGUCCGCAGAGCCACCUUUUCACCGGAGUGAUGCAGCAGAGCACCAUUCCCCACCUGAUGGCCUACGCCUCAUGCGUGGGCAGCGGAAAGAAGGUGUGCGACAAUUAAGUGCGGAAGAUCUGAGCACUGAAGAAAUUAAUAGACUCAAGCAAACAGAAUUAAAGCGCCAAAUUUUUGAAUGUAUUUGUUUCUCUAUUAAAAUGUUACUAAGCAA